GAAACGGAAAAUCACAGUGGGAUGGUCUGAUGCAAAGACAUCCAAACCACAGUCAGAGCUUCGAUAUCCUGCAACCUUGCUGAUCUCCUGUGUGGGUGUGUGUCUGUGUUUGUGUAUAACUGUGUGUAUGUGAUGGCAGACUACUGUCUCAAUAAUUCUGAACACAGUUGCUGCUGUCUGAUCUUCAGGAAGGAAAAACUAAACCAUUUCUCAAAAGAUCUGAAUUUCUUUUAGGAAAUAUUAUGUGUCCCUACCUGUGACAUGCAAGCAUUUAGUGCGGAAAGGUGUGAUCUGUAUGUAUUUCAUAAAUAGCAAACCUAAACGGAAUUAUCAUUUUUUUUUUCACUUUAUUAUCUAUCAUUUUCAGUGAAUUUUACUUUUUUUAAAACUUCAAAUAGUUACCAACCAUUUAGUUGGCAUCGUGUAUAGAAUUUCACAACGCACAAACAUUGAAGAGCAUUCACAUAACCUCGCGCUCUGCCCUACUGAUUGUUCACACGCUGCUUCGGAGUCGGUGAGAGGCGCGCGGUGGCAUUCACCCGGUGAUAAGUGUCACCGCAGUUUCCUGCUCACCCUGUGCAUUCGCGGAGGCACACGGACCAAGGCGGAGAGAGCGAAAAGGGGGACGGGCGACCGAAGGAACGAGGACAGCCAAGUGACUGUGUGUGUAUGUGGGGAGAAGAACUGACUAACAGACAUCCGCUCAAGCAGCAUCUGAAUGGCGGGUCCUCUAAUGCAUUUAAGCACCUAACAGUUUAAUUGGCGAAUUCCCGCUGGCGUAUGCCACCGGACGGUAAAUAGGCAUUUUUUUUAAUGACUGUAUUAAGCACUGCAUUAUAUCUGCGCGUCCGGUGAAAAGACUUUCUCAUAAGGAUGUGUUUACAAAGUACCGAUUUUGGACAUACGUUGUGGAUAGCGCCGUGCACUUUCGAAAGAAAACUGCAGUGAACAUAUCCCGGUCGCACUUUUGGAGCACCUCCAGUCCGCCAACCUCCGCACGUCUCCCUCUCCGGUCCGGUUCGCAAUCAUCAGGCUUUAUGGCGCGCGGAAGGAUGGAGUUGCUCGGACUGUACUUGUUACAGCUGGCUUUUAUCGGUGUUCCGAGUGGGGUGUGGUCGGGCCGGUGGGACUGCCUGCAUGCGGGGGACACGUGCUCGAGCGACGAGGCAUGCAGCCCGCGCCUGCGCACGCUGCGGCAGUGUGUGGCAGGGGGUGGCAGCGUCAAGCUGGGCCCAGGGGCGCGCAACCACUGCGAGAACGCCGUCGCCGCCCUCAUGGCCAGCCCGCUGCACCGCUGCCAGUGCAAGAGGGGGAUGAAGAGGGAGAAGAACUGCCUGAGCAUCUACUGGAGCCUGCAGCAGACCGAACUGCACGGGUUCAGCUUGGUGGAAUCCUACCCCUAUGAGCCUAUGGAGAGAGGAAACGAUUACGUACGUUUGGCAUCCAUUGCUGCAGAGUCUGAGGUCAGCAUGACGACUGUCAACCGUUGCCUGGACGCGGCAAAGGCCUGCAACGUGGACGAGGCGUGCCAGAAGCUGCGCACGGAGUACGUGUCAGCGUGCAUCGGCGCCUCGGCAUCGGCGCGCGGCGGCCAGCAGCCCUGCAACCGGGCGCGCUGCAGCAAGGCGGUGCGCAAGUUCUUCGACCGCGUGCCGCCGGAGCACACGCACGAGCUGCUCUUCUGCCCGUGCCACGACACGGCCUGCGCCGAGCGCCGCCGCCAGACCAUCGUGCCCACCUGCUCCUACGAGGAGGGCCCGGCCACCGACAAGCCCAACUGCCUGCAGCAGCUGCGCGUCUGCGGCGCCGACUACGUCUGCAAGUCUCGCUGGGCUCAGUUCCAGUACGACUGCCAGCCCUCCGAACUCAGCGCCAGUGGCUGCCAGCACGAGAACUACGGCAACUGCCUCGUCGCCUACACCGGCCUCAUAGGCAGCACCAUCUCUCCUAACUAUCUGGACAACACCACGUCUAAUGUGGGGCCCUGGUGCUCGUGCUCGGCCAGUGGCAACCACCGGGAGCAGUGCCACGACUUCCUCAGCUUCUUCCAUGACAACAUCUGUCUGAAGAAGGCCAUCUUUGGUUUUGGGAAUGGGACGGACAAGAAAAAUGGACCCAACCAACCAGGCGCGACCAACCUUGCAACCACCCCGACAACCAACAGUCACAACCAUCGACGGACAACAGUUAGCACCACAACUGCCAUUGCCAUGGAAACAGAGCAGAACAUCCUGAGUGCUCAGAUUCCUACACAGCUGAAUGAGAGGGGCAGAUUGUGGGGAGACGACUCUUCACCUCCAUCGCCAGGUCUCCCGGACAACAGCGCUGACUCCGCCUAUGGCCCCCUCAGCACCUGGCCCCUCCCUCUCCUGCUCCUGCUUUGGUUUCACUGAGGCACCAUGGGAUACGAUGACAGCACACACCAGUAGACUGGGAAGAGCAUGGGAAAACCGAAGUGUGUGUGUGUGCGUGUGUGUGUGUGUGUGUGUGUCUCGCAUUCACCUUCAUUUCAUAAUUGUCUUUGUUUGUGAACUUUUGCCUUUUCACCGCCCCUUGCGAGUACAGAAAGAGUGUGAAGAGAGGAAUGGAAGACUGUGGAAGAGUGACAAAGGAAAGUGAGAGAAAGAGAGAGAUGGCGAUUUGAGGAACUGAAGUAUUGACUGAUGCCCCAGACAGCGACUUCUUUACCUUCACUUAAACAUGAGCUUUCACCCUCACUGAAGCAGGCAGGCAGACACACACACACACACACACACACACACACACACACAGACAUACACACACACACACACAAACACUACACACAUAGACAUAUGUAUACAAAGCUAUCCAGUGGGAACAGUUAUACAUUAUUGUCAGCAUUGGUGUAUAUAUUUGUGUGUGUGUGUGUGUGUGUAAGAGAGAGAGAGAGAGGUGGACUCAAAGGCAGCUCACACUAAAGCAAUGGACAGUUGUAGAGUGUGUCUUAACUCUCUCGCUACUGUACAGAAUUACUUUUUCUAAAGUUGCUCUAAUCAUUUUAGAUGUUUUAUUUUUCAUGUGAUGAGAUAUUAUGUAUCGGCUCGGGCACCAGUGUAUUCACCAAGACAGGUCCAGACAACGUGAUCUUGUAUCCAUACACACACGCAGACACACACAUGCAGACACACACACAUGUCACAUGCUAGCAUCUAUGUGUUUAUGUUGCCCUACACAAAUGUAUUGACAUGUGUUGUUGAUGGCGAGUGUCUUUGCGAGGUCCCUCUUGCACAGGCAAGGGUGAGGAUGGACUCACCAGUGGCUCUGAAGACAAAGGCUAUCUAUUUUCAUAAAAACCCAACCCCCUUCUGUCUAAAUGGUUGCAUCACCUCUGAACCUAGGAUUAAAAACACUGCAAAGAGGGGAAAAUCACACUAGCACACACCAACACGCUGCAACCGUUUGAAUACAUUAAGUGUGUUAAUGACUUCAGAGUUUUGAGCAUCGACUUUGAACGGGGGUGAUUUAUUUAAGAUGUGAAGCUGAGACAGCUACUGAUUGUAAAGCUGAAAGUGAGAUCCUUGUGUGAAGUGCCCGGGUGUCUGCUUGAAGAGGGGGAAGAAGGGAUUCAGAUUUGGCUCGGCUCGGCUAGACAGAUCUGUAAUUGCACAAACAUGGAUGGUAAGCAAGGAUGGCCGCCUGGGAGACCUGUACACAAACAACGAGGAGAGUGGCGGAGCCUCGCAGAUGCAGCGGAUUUACCGUGAGAAAUGAGAAAUGACUCAACCACAUUCCAUAGCGUCGCUGGGAUACGCUUAACACUGGGGUAGUUGACGGCAUAUUGGAGGCGAUGAGCGAAAAAGGGAAAAAAAAGAGAAAGAAGAAAAAAACAGCCUCAAAGACUUCACAUUCAUGCCCACGCGAAGAGAGUGACUGACUGCUUAAAUUCCUCGCCUUUUUUUGUUGUUGUUGUUGUUGUCGUUCUUUCGUUCAGUCGUCUUGUGGUGAACCUGAAGAAAAAGCACAGACAGAGUUAGAGAGACAGAGGCACAGCCACGAUCACCUCCUUCUUUCUGCUCACCAUCUGACACAUACUGCUGUCAUCAUGGAAACGACCGCACCGACCCCUGGAUCCCCGGGGGGGUCAGGCAGGUAGGAUGCAACGGAAUCCUCCAGUGCAACUCAGUCGGUGAUUGGACAGCUGAACAGAUACCGUAUUUCCUUCCUGAAUCUCAGAAAGACUCAAUUUCCCAUGAGGAAGCACAAAAGGGGGGAGGGUCUCUCAUAUAACAACCUCCUCCCGCUCCAUAGACUUCUGUCCAAUCAGAUUCACGUGGUCAGUAGUGUGUGAGGGAAGAGUGUGUGGAUUUGGUAUCUGUUAUCUCCUGAAAAAUAAAGCUGCCAGAUGAUAAUAUACAAACAAAAA